AUGCACGGAAAUCAAGUUUUGGCUGCUCUGGCCAAGUACAACACUACAUGCUCCUACCUGGGACGCACCAAAACGGCAUCGAUGGCCCGUCUAUCGCUCAAGGCCCGUAACUGCCCAAUCAUGAGCCAGGCAAUUGCCGCCCGCUCCGCCGGAUAUGCUAGUCUUGCCGGGCGUGCUGAAGUAGAUGCCAUUCACAAACAAGAAGGAGUGUACCCGGUUCCGAGCGGAGCGGUGUGCCCGCAUGCUCAAGCCGGUCGCGAGGCUGCUCUCCGUGCAACUCAGCUUGCGCGCGCAAAGAGUAAUCCGGCCUCUUCUCCCGCUGGCUGUCCCCACGCAGCCAAGACCGCCGCUGCUGCAGUUGCCGAGAGCACUCAUUCCACCCGCUCUGGGUUCGAUUACCAGGCCUUCUAUGCGGCUGAACUCGAGAAGAAACACCAAGACAAGAGCUAUCGCUAUUUCAACAAUAUCAAUCGUAUUGCUCCCAAGUUCCCCGUCGCUCAUACCGCAGUCGCAUCCGAGGAAGUAGAUGUCUGGUGCAGCAACGAUUACCUCGGAAUGAGCAAGAAUCCUGUCGUGCUUGAAACCAUGCAUCGUACUCUCAACCGCUAUGGUGCUGGUGCCGGCGGAACACGCAACAUUGCAGGCAACGGCCACUUCCACUUGGCUCUCGAAGACGAAUUGGCCUCGCUUCAUCGCAAGCCCGCCGCUCUCGUAUUCUCCUCCUGCUAUGUCGCCAACGACGCGACACUCUCGACUUUGGGUGCCAAGUUCCCAGGAUGUGUUAUCUUUUCCGACAAGAUGAACCAUGCGUCUAUGAUCCAAGGAAUGCGUCACUCACGUGCCGAGAAAGUUAUCUUCAAGCACAAUGACGUUGAGGAUUUGGAGGCGAAGCUUCGCAUGUAUCCCAAGGAAACCCCUAAAAUCAUCGCAUUCGAAAGUGUAUACUCGAUGUGCGGCAGUGUUGGUCCUAUCGAGAAGAUCUGCGACCUGGCCGAGGAGUACGGUGCAAUCACUUUCCUCGAUGAGGUUCAUGCCGUCGGCAUGUACGGCCCUCGUGGUGCCGGUGUCGCUGAACAUCUCGACUUUGAGACCCACAAGAAUGCUGGCCAGAACCCCAACCCCAUCAAAGGAACAGUCAUGGACCGCGUUGAUAUUAUUACUGGUACACUGGGCAAGGCUUAUGGUACUGUCGGAGGUUAUAUCGCUGGUUCGGCCGACCUGGUCGACAUGGUUCGCUCCUAUGCACCUGGUUUCAUCUUUACCACCUCCCUGCCUCCGGCGGUUGUGGCCGGAGCUCAAGCCAGCAUCGCUUACCAGAUGGAGUUUAUGGGCGAUCGCCAGCUCCAACACCUCAACACGCGUGAGCUUAAGAAGCGUUUCAAGGCUGACGGAAUCCCCGUUGUUCCUGGCCCCUCGCACAUUGUACCUGUGCUCGUGGGAGAUGCUGCACUGGCCAAGGCAGCUUCCGAUUCUCUUCUCAUCGAUCACGGCAUUUACGUCCAGUCGAUCAAUUACCCCACAGUAGCUGUAGGCGAGGAACGCCUUCGUAUUACUCCAACCCCCGGUCAUACCGUUGAGCAGAUGGAUCGCCUGGUUUCGGCCGUGAACGAGACGUUUGACCGUCUCGGUAUCAAGCGCGAGACUGAGUGGAAGGCUGUUGGUGGCCGCGCCGGCGUCGGAAUGCCUGACGAGAAGGUCGUCGAACCCAUCUGGAACGACAGGCAACUUGGAAUCCUGGAUGGUUCAAGCCCCCAAGUCUUGAGCAAGGGCAUGAAUCAUCACGUCGGCCUGAGCGCUAUGCGUAUUGCUUCUGUGCGCAAUGCGCACCUGCUCGGAACUCAAAUUAUUCCAGGCCUCAGCAAACCGAGCACUGCAUUCGUCGAGUCUGCUUUGCAUGCUCCCAAGCCAAUCGCUGUCGGCGCCUAA